UCGCACGAGCGCAUCCGAGCAGCUGUCGCAGGAGCGGCACAAGCGGCCCUGCUGCACGCUGCGGCAGGCGUGCUGAGCGGCAAGGCAUGGAGGCUGGAGCUUGGCAGAGCUGCAUGCUGACGCUGCUGCACGGACGCACCGCUCGAGCUGCCGACGCCCACGGUGCCCUGGCUGCGUUCCGGCUCUGGGAGCGGCUCCGGCUCAGGCGAUGCUGCAUCUGCACGGCCGAGUUGUGUUGCGACUGGCUGCGGCCACCAGUCGGGCGCAGCAGGGGCCGCAGCCGUCUGCACGCUGCACCGGCGUGCCUGCAGCCGUGUCUGGGAGCAGGUCUGGCAGCCGUGAGACCAGGACCUCGGCCGUGCCAAGCAGCGCGUGUCGCGCGACGACGCGAGUCGGUGAUGCAGGAGCGCUCGCUGAAGGUUGUGCCGCUGCAACUGUGAGCGUCGAAUGCUGCGCCGAUCGCUGCAUCUCGACCUUGACGCGCGAGUGCCUGCGACGCCCGUUCGAUGGCGCCAAGAGCAGGCCGUCUCACGUGCUAGCAGCAUGCAGCACCAGGCCAAGAGGCAGCGAGACGCAGCUGCAGCUGCUGCAGCCGCACGUCACGAGGAUCGACGGUGCGCGCGAGGCGGCGCCAUCUUGC